ACAAUUCUGGGAAGGUUUCCUAAUGGUUUACCUCUUCUUGAUCCUGUAAACGAUAUGAAGAUUAAAGAUCCAGGACUAAAGGAUGUUCUAAAGAAAAUUGAAGCAUUUACAUCCCGGUUAAAUCAUCAUCCACUUCAUGAUAAUCCAUCCACAGUAGAAUUACUUGAACUUUACAAAAAAAAAUUACAGAUUGCAGAUGAAAUAAAAGCUGCUAAAGCUGAACUAAAAAAAGCUCGCUCCUUAUUACAAAUGGAUGAAUUGAAAUGUAGAAAAAGAGUGUUAAGACGUAUGGGUUAUUGUACGGCCACAGAUGUCAUAGAAAUAAAAGGGCGUGUUGCAUGUGAAAUAAGCAGUGCUGAUGAACUGUUGUUGACAGAAAUGAUUUUUAAUGGUGCAUUCAAUAACCUAAAUGUUCACCAAACAACUGCUCUUCUUAGCUGCUUUGUUUUUCAAGAAAAAUCAAGUGAAAUGCCUAAAUUAGGAGAAGAAUUAUCUGGACCUCUUCGUCUUAUGCAGGAUACAGCUCGCAGGAUAGCUAAAAUAAGCAAAGAAUCAAAAUUGGAAUUAGAUACUGAUCAAUAUGUGGAGUCCUUCAGGCCUCAUCUAAUGGAUGUAGUCCAUGCAUGGAGUAAAGGUGCAAGUUUUAUACAGAUCUGUAAAAUGACUGAUGUUUUUGAAGGUAGUAUUAUUCGAUGCAUGAGGCGAUUAGAAGAAUUAAUGCGGCAGAUGUGUCAAGCUGCUAAAGCGAUUGGUAAUACAGAAAUGGAAAACAAAUUUUCUGAAGGUAUCAAACUCAUCAAAAGAGACAUCGUAUUUGCUGCCAGCCUUUAUUUAUAAAGAAUUAUUUAGACUAAAUUGUGAUGUUAAAUCUCCAAGGUAAAGUAAUAUGUGAAUGGCAGAAUUAAUUUGAUCUUUUAUGUGAGCAAUCUUAUUUUAUAUGCUGCAUUUAUUUUUCUGAUUUAAAUAUAUUCUUUAAAAUGUGAUAUUUCAUGCACGACUUUAAAAUUGAGCAUCUCAAAACAGAAUCUUAACCACAAAUAAAGCACAAUAUUGCCCCAAAUCAUAAAUAAAAUUAAAUAGUAUCAUUUGACUAAAAUAGAAAAAGAAAAAUGAGCAUAAUUUAU